CUCCUCUCCCAAACCCCCCUCCAUUUCCCAUCACUCUCCCUCUCUUCACUCCAAAACGACACCAAAUCAUGAACAAGGGCGGCAACCCACGGAAGAGGCCACCACCGCCUUCUUCACACCAGCCAUCUCCGGCUUCGAAGCACCAAGCGACGACUCCGACGCCUCCCCCACCGUCGACGGAAGAAGAUUUCGUCGACGAAGAUGUCUUCUUUGACGAAACCCUUAUGGGGGAAGAAGACGUGGAAUCCCUAAUUCUACGCGACUUCGAGGAACGUCAAGCUCUCGCUUCUCGUCUUUCCAAGUGGGCUCGCCCUCCUCUCUCUGAUGCCUACAUUUCCCAGUCUCGUAGCAUUGUUUUCCAACAAUUGGAGAUUGAUUAUGUGAUUGGAGAGAGUCAUAAAGGUUUGCUGCCUGAUUCUUCUGGUCAAGCUGCCAUUAUCCGAAUUUUCGGGGUUACUGGAGAAGGACAUAGCGUUUGUUGUCUUGUUCAUGGAUUUGAGCCGUAUUUCUACAUUAGCUGCCCUCCAGGAAUGGGUCCCGAUGAUAUCUCACAUUUUCAUCAAACGCUUGAGGGUAGGAUGAAGGAGAUGAACAGAAACAGCAAGGUACCGAAGUUUGUUCGACGUAUUGAAUUGGUUCAGAAAAGAAGUAUUAUGUAUUACCAGCAACAAAAGUCUCAACCUUUUCUCAAGAUUGUAGUGGCAUUGCCAACAAUGGUUGCUACCUGUCGUGGCAUUCUUGAUAGAGGCAUACAAAUUGAUGGCCUUGGUAUGAAGAGCUUCAUUACAUAUGAAAGCAAUGUUCUUUUUGCACUGCGUUUCAUGAUUGAUUGCAAUAUUGUUGGUGGUAAUUGGAUUGAGAUACCGGCUGGUAAAUAUAAGAAGACAGCAAAGAAUAUGUCCUACUGCCAAUUGGAGUUUGAUUGCUUGUAUUCAGAUUUGAUUAGCCAUGCCCCUGAGGGGGAAUUCUCAAAGAUGGCUCCAUUUCGCAUAUUGAGUUUUGAUAUAGAGUGUGCUGGUCGCAAAGGUCAUUUUCCAGAGCCUUCUCAUGAUCCUGUAAUCCAGGUAGCAAAUCUAGUUACUUUGCAAGGAGAAGAUCAGCCAUUCAUUCGUAAUGUCAUGACCCUUAAGUCAUGCUCCCCAAUAGUUGGUGUUGAUGUAAUGUCUUUUGAUACAGAAAAAGAAGUCUUGCUUGCUUGGAGGGAAUUUAUCCGUGAAGUGGACCCUGAUAUUAUAAUUGGAUAUAACAUUUGCAAGUUUGAUUUGCCAUAUCUUAUUGAGAGAGCACAAACACUUGGAAUAGCAGAGUUUCCGAUACUUGGCCGCAUCAGGAAUAGUAGGGUUCGUGUAAAAGAUACAACAUUUUCUUCUAGACAGUAUGGAACUAGGGAGAGCAAAGAAGUUACUGUGGAGGGGAGAGUUCAAUUUGAUUUGCUCCAGGCUAUGCAAAGGGACUACAAACUAAGUUCUUAUUCAUUGAAUUCAGUUUCAGCACACUUUCUAUCUGAGCAGAAAGAGGAUGUUCACCAUUCAAUAAUAUCAGAUCUUCAGAAUGGAAAUGCUGAGACUAGGAGGCGUCUUGCUGUCUAUUGUUUGAAGGAUGCUUACCUUCCCCAAAGGCUUUUGGAUAAACUAAUGUAUGUUUACAAUUAUGUUGAGAUGGCUCGUGUCACAGGUGUGCCUAUAUCUUUUCUUCUUUCUAGAGGACAAAGCAUCAAGGUACUUUCUCAACUUCUUAGGAAGUCGAAGCAGAAGAACCUUGUUAUUCCAAAUGUCAAACAAGCAGGAUCUGAACAGGGAACGUUUGAAGGUGCAACUGUGUUGGAAGCGAAAGCAGGAUUCUAUGAAAAGCCAAUUGCAACACUGGAUUUUGCGUCUUUGUAUCCAUCAAUUAUGAUGGCAUAUAAUUUAUGCUAUUGCACAUUGGUGACUCCUGAAGAUGUUCGCAAACUCAACCUCCCACCAGAAUGUGUUAACAGAACUCCGUCUGGUGAAACAUUUGUUAAACCAGAGCUACAGAAGGGGAUACUUCCAGAAAUAUUGGAAGAGCUAUUAGCUGCUCGUAAACGAGCAAAAGCUGAUUUGAAGGAAGCAAAGGAUCCACUUGAGAAAGCUGUUCUAGAUGGCCGACAGCUGGCCUUGAAGGUAAGUGCAAAUUCUGUAUAUGGAUUUACAGGAGCUACUGUUGGUCAGUUACCAUGUUUAGAGAUUUCUUCGAGUGUUACAAGCUAUGGUCGCCAAAUGAUUGAGCACACCAAGAAGCUUGUUGAAGAUAAAUUUACAGUGCUAGGAGGCUAUGAACACAAUGCUGAGGUUAUAUAUGGGGACACAGAUUCGGUGAUGGUACAAUUUGGUGUGUCUGAUGUAGAAGCAGCAAUGAACUUGGGGAGAGAAGCUGCAGAACACAUCAGUGGAACUUUUACAAAAGAAGGGGAAGUGUUCUGCAACUGUCUGAGCCGUAAUGUGUUACACUUGGUUAUAAUAUUCUGCAAGAAAAGAUAUGCUGGUUUAUAUUGGACAAAUCCACAAAAGUUUGACAAAAUGGACACUAAAGGCAUCGAAACUGUUCGAAGAGACAAUUGUUUAUUGGUCAAAAACCUUGUAACUGAAUGCCUGCACAAAAUACUGAUUGAUAGAGAUAUUCCUGGUGCAGUUCAAUAUGUCAAGAAUACCAUUUCAGAUCUUCUCAUGAAUCGGAUGGAUUUGUCACUUUUGGUUAUUACUAAGGGUCUGACAAAAACUGGAGAUGAUUAUGAGGUAAAAGCUGCUCAUGUUGAACUUGCUGAACGUAUGCGCAAGCGAGAUCCUGCGACUGCUCCAAAUGUUGGGGAUCGGGUGCCUUAUGUCAUUAUUAAAGCUGCAAAAGGCGCCAAGGCUUAUGAGAGGUCAGAGGACCCAAUCUAUGUGCUAGAAAAUAACAUCCCCAUAGAUCCUCAAUAUUACCUUGAAAAUCAAAUUAGCAAGCCACUUUUAAGAAUUUUUGAGCCCAUUUUAAAGAAUGCUAGCAAGGAACUUCUCCAUGGGAGUCACACAAGAUCCAUUUCCAUAUCAACUCCGUCAAACAGUGGAAUAAUGAAAUUUGCAAAGAAACAACUUAGUUGUAUUGGCUGCAAAGCGCUAAUUUGCAAUUCAGAUCGAACACUCUGUUCACACUGCAAGGGAAGAGAGGCAGAACUUUAUUAUAAAACAGUUUCUCAAGUGUCAGAACUUGAGGAGCUUUUUGGGAGGCUAUGGACACAGUGCCAAGAGUGUCAAGGCUCUCUUCACCAGGAUGUGCUCUGCACUAGUCGGGAUUGUCCAAUAUUUUACCGGAGAAAGAAAGCACAGAAAGAUAUGGUAGAAGCCAAGCGGCAGUUGGACCGGUGGAACUUUUAAGUCUAUAACAGGUUGUUUUCAGCUGCUCAAUAAACGCAUCUUCCCGUUAAUGAGCAUUUCACAGGCUGUGUAUGGAUUCCCUGGUAUCUCAACAAUUGAGUCAAGAAAACCUCUAGAGUGUUUCUAUCCCAAAGUUUAAAGUUAAAGAUUAGAAACCAGGCGGAGCUUCUCUUUUUUGAAAUAAAGAAAGUUGAAAAUCUGGACAUAAAGCUUUAUCAGUUAAGAUUCUUCAGUUUUCCUUUAAAGCUUCUGUUCCUCAACGCCUUUACGAAUUGCAGGUUUUGGCUUGUGCAAUGUUGAGCGAUGUCAGCAUUUUCUGAGGUCUAUUUUCAAUUUUGCUGUAUCACGGUGUGCAGUGGUGCAUGUAAUGCUAAUGUGCUAUUAUCUAUAAUCUUUUCCGUAUUUCAGUGCACAAAAUCCCUACUUUGUAUCAUUACAUGCAUUAAGUUGGUGGGUAGGCGAUGCUGCAACGUGUUAUAUUCCCAUUACCUAUUAUGAUACAUGUUUAUUCACCUUGUUUUUACUA